GUCGCUUUCCUUCAUCAGCGAGAAUCUCUUCGAAUUUCUUCUCUCUGCGUCCCCAGAUCCAAUCAAAGCGAGCCAAUGCACAACCGCCCUCGCAUAUCCCCUGCGGCGACGGCGGAGGACGCCGCCGCAUCCGCCGCCAAAGCCGCUAAGCUCCGGGAUCUACAGUCACAACUCCUCCACAAUCACCAAAACAAACUGUACACGAAAGAGGCUGUAACUGUUAGCGCGAAGCUCUUGGAGGUGAACCCAGAGGUUUACACUGCUUGGAAUUAUAGGAAGCUCGCGUUCAAGCACAGUCUUGAGGGGGUUGGAGAUGCUGAGAUUGUUAAGUCUCUAGUUAACGAAGAACUUAAAAUUGUAGAGGUUGCACUGAGACAGAACCCCAAAUCUUAUGGGGCAUGGCACCACAGGAAGUGGGUAUUGAAUCAAGGGCUCACAGAGGUUGAUUUUAAACAUGAAUAUGACCUGCUGAAUCAACUGCUAAAGAAGGACCCUCGGAAUUUUCAUGGAUGGAAUUAUCGCAGAUUUGUUACGAAAUUGAAAAAUGUUCCAGAAGUAGAAGAGCUGAAGUUUACAAGGGCUAUGAUUGACAUUAAUUUUAGCAAUUAUUCUGCCUGGCAUAAUCGAAGUGCACUUUUCUCCCAAUUGCUGAAACAGAAAGCUGAAGGAUUUGAAUCAAAGGAGAAUAUAUUGACAGAGGAGUACAAACUUGUAUGCAAUGCUCUUUUCACAGACCCAAAUGAUCAAAGUGGAUGGUUUUAUCAUCUCUGGCUCUUAGAUCAGACAGUUACCCCAGAAGAUCCUCUGCUUAUUUCUUCAUGGCCUUCACAAGGAUCAGAUUGCUUUUUGUCCACUGAUUUGAGUAGUUUCGAAUUUUCCAAUUGCAACUAUUCUCUUCAUAUGGGAGCUUUUCCUAUUGUUCUUUAUUUUAAUCAAGCUGUCACUGGUGUGAGCUCAUCGACUGUUACUGUAAAUUCCAUGUUUUUGAAGAAUGAAAAUCUUAUCUGGAGUCCGCUCACAACUGCUAAAUCAAGAGAAGCUCGAUGUUGGCUGACGUACCUUAAAAUUUCUGAUGCAAAGUUUAGCGACUCAAAUUCUGCUACUGUUGAAGUUAGCAUUGGUCAUUUGCGUGGCAUUAUAUCAUCGAGUGGCUCCCACUAUCCUCAUACUUCACAGUUCAAGUUCACGAUCACGAUGAAAUCUAUUGAUAGAGGACAAAGUGAAGAAUCGGUUGAGAAGUUGAUUAUGUGGAAGGAUGAUCAGAAAGAAUUUGAUUAUGGAACUGCUAAUGAAAUGCUUCUUAACAAACUGAGCAUUACCGAAGAGCGUGAACGAAAAGUGCCAAAAUGGAAUCUGGAGACUUUAUCUAAUGAGAUUGAGCUUUUCAAGGAGUUGUCUGAUGAAAAUUGUAAAUUUGUGAACUUAACACUAGCACGGCUACUUACUGCUCAGGAUGCAAUGACAUCACCUAAAAAUCUUCCCAAGCAAAAAGGAAACCAUUUUGUGGAGGUAUUGAAACUCCUUGAUGAGUUGAUAAAGUUGGAUCCAUCUCAUGCAGGAUAUUAUGAAGAUGAGCGGAGCUUAGUCAUGAUGAAUCAGGCAACUUUUGAUGAACAGUCUAUCAUGAAAUAUUAUGUGCGAUCUUCUGAGCUGACCUCUACCAGCCACCGUCUUGCUGGCAUGAGACUCAGCAGACUAUCAUUGACGAGGAUUGGAUUUGUUGAGCGUUUGUUAUGGAUUCAAAUGCUAGAUCUUAGUCACAAUGAGCUCCGAUCAAUCGCAGGUUUAGAGGCAUUGCAGCAUCUAGUCUGCUUAAACCUCAGCAACAACAAAAUCAGUAGCUUCACUUCCUUGGAACCUCUGAAGCUGAUGAAAUAUUUGAAAGUACUAAACAUCUCGUCUAACGAGAUUGGGUCUCACCCUAUCGACACGUCAAAAUACUUUUGCUCGUCUCCAUUAUCACAUACCUAUGAGGCUGAAAAUAUUACGAAAGCUUUCAAGAAGGGAAAUAUCAACGUGGGUGAUUAUUGGGAGGCUAUACUAUUGUUUCAGGAGAUGAAUCUGAUACAACUAGAUAUCUCUGAGAAUAAAGUUGCUGAUGAGGCUUUUGGAGAUUUAUUGUUGGAGGUGCUUCCGACGCUAAAAUGGCUUGAUGGGAAAUGUGUAAGAUGAUAUAGAUGAUGAGUGUAAAAAGACUCUGGAGAUUGUUUUGUGAUGGUCUGUAGCUUGUUUUUAUGUUGUGUUAACUUAUAGGUGUAACUUCAUUAUAUUUAUAUCAAAACUAAAAUUGGUCCAAUUUUAAAUGUUUUUUAUUUUCUCUUUA